GGCAGUCAGUUUUGCGAUUUUGUGGCUUAAGAUCAGUAACAAAGGAGGAGCCUCCAUCCAAAAAAAACUCAGAGGGAUUCAAAUAUCUUUUUUUGAUCCGAUCGCCGGUGAGAUGAAGCCGAAUUGGUGCCUCCAUUUGGAAUAAGACAAAAAUAUUACAUUCAGAUUCACUAUGGUAACAGACGAGGCCAAAGUGAUUUUGACCGUGAUCUACGUGGUAACAAUGGUCGUUGCCUUUGCUGGCAACACGCUUCUGAUCUACUUUGUGUGGAAGAAACCGGAAGUGCGAUCAAUGACCAGCUCCAUGUUCGUCAACAUGGCGGUGGCUGAUUUGUUAAUUACGCUAAUUGUAAUGCCUUUCUCCGUUAUUCACCUACACAAUGGCGGCAAAUGGCUUAUAGUUCAUGAUCUGGCUGGGGAAAUAACAUGUAGAGGCUUUUACUUUGUUGCAAUGGUCACUGCGGUUUCUUCGAUACUGUGCCUGGCGUUCAUGGCUUACGACAGAUACACGGCGAUUCUUCACCCUUUCCGCCCCCUUCAAUGUAUUCGUAAGGCAAAGUACGCUGCGCCUAUCAUCUGGAUUCUCUCAAUGCUAUUAAUGUCUAUAAUUCUUGUUAUUUCGGAUUUUGAUCCGUUGCAGGACUUUUGCGGUUUCAACUUUGACAUCUUGGGAAAAGAGAGCACCACAGUUCUUGGCGGAAUUUUCAUUUACUUGUUUGUAGUCCAAUAUUUUUUGCCACUAAGUGUCACAUCCAUCCUGUACGCUAAAACCGCUCACAAAUUGUGGUUUCGUCAAGUUCCCGGGAAUUAUUUGUCACAAAAUCAGAGGCAACAGGAAAUCGCCAAGAGAAAAGUGGUCAGAAUGCUUGUCAUCGUUGUCGCUGUAUUUGCUGUGUGUUGGCUACCCACGCAAUUCUUUCAGCUGUAUCAUGUGAUCAAAGAAACGCAGCCACUGCCUCCCUUUGCUAUGUACCUCUGCUACUGGUUGGGUCAUGGCAAUAGUGCCAUAAACCCAUGGUUGUACAUCUCCUUGAGCUCAAGGCUCCGCCUGGCGUUUAUCCGAAUGGUAAAAAAGAAAUUCAGUCGGCCAGCCGGAAGAGUGCGUUUGAAGAAGACAGUGGCGACAACUAAUCUCCUAACACAUGGAACACAUGUGGAGUCUUCUGUAUAACAUGGAAAAAUUGAAACAAGACUGACUACUGCAAAUACAAAUCUGAUAAAGAGGUAUAAGAAAUUCAGCAAAUUUUGGGUGAUUAAUUUGAUAGCUUUAAAUCCAUUCAUUGCUUUGUCUUCAUUUAUUACCCUAUUGCAAGUGGCGUACCAAUUUCAUAAUGAUGAUUCAGUGAUAAAAAUUUCUAAACGUAUCAGCUAACGGACGUCAUCUCUGGUAAUAAAAUACAAUCUUUACUAACUAACGAGGAAAAUGCUCAGCAGCCAGCAAGGAGUUCUGCAAAUUUAUUCACAGAAUUGAAGUCUUCAACACGCAGCCAGUAGAAUCAACAAUUUUCUUCAUUUGCCUGGCAUAAUUAUUUUUUGCAGUAAGGGUCCACACCAUUUAGCUGUUUCAAACUCAUCGGAGAAACUU